AUGCAAACAGUCUUCAUCAACGCUUGGAUCUUUUCCCCUACGUUGGGGGACCCCUUCGUCUCAGCCAUGGUGGUUAACGGUGACCGUAUCACCCAUGUAGGCCACGGGGAUAACGAAGAGAUCAUGCGCGCUCGGGCAGAGGGGCGCACCGUCGACUUGGAGAAUCGCAUUGUCCUCCCUGGAUUUAUUGAUGGCCAUGUGCACAUCCUCAACUUUGGUCUAUCGCUCCAGAAGCUUGAUCUUCUCCGCUGCGAGUCCCUCUCAGAUAUCCGCCAAGCUAUCAUAGCCUUUGCGGAGACGCAUCCAUCUGAGCCUCGCAUUUUAUGUCGCGGGUGGAACCAAUCGGUCACCAACGGCACAGCUUUGGCCAAAUGCUUAGAUGAUCUAGAUCCUCGGCCGAUCUAUAUUGAGGCUCAGGAUCUUCACUCGACCUGGUGCAACAGUGCGGCGUUGAGGGAGUUGGAUCUCGAUUCUAAGCCAGAUCCCUCCGGGGGCAAAAUACAUCGACAUCAUGAUGGGUCGCCGUCAGGUAUUUUGGACGAAGCAGCUCAGUUCGAGAUUGUGUGGCCAUUCCUGAAUCGAGUCACCUCAUUGGAGAAGAAGCUGGCAGCCGUGGAUGCCGCGAUUUCCGCCCAAAAGCGUGCGGGAUACACUGGAUUGGUUGACAUGGCGAUGACCGAGGAGUGCUGGGAAGUGCUGAACACAUAUCGCAAAGAGCGCAGUAAAUUCCCAUUCCACAUCGGCGCACACUGGCUGAUUCCUUUUUCAAGUGACGCCGCCGAAAUCAACAAGCACAUUGACCGAGCAAUUUCCCUGCAUCAACAUUACAAUCGCAUAAGCACUCCCGAAUUCUGUAUUAGCGGUGUCAAAUUUCUCUGUGACGGAACGGUCGACGGAUGCACUGCGGCACUUCACCAUUCAUACGGUAAACUCCUGACUGCAGUCGACCCCAUAUGGCCUGCCGAUGCUCUAGCAGCAUCCAUCCUCCGCGCAUCCGAGGCUGGCUUACAAUGUGCCAUUCACGCUAUCGGAGACCGGGCCGUCAAACAAGCUAUUGACUGCCUAUCAAUGGUUCCAGAUCUCUCGAGCUGUCGUCAUCGAAUCGAACAUCUUGAAAUCACGACACCCGAAGACGCGAAAAGACUAGGCCAGCUGGGCAUCAUUGCGUCAGUCCAACCCGUGCAUCUUGAUCCGGCAACCUUCGGAGACUGGCCGGAGGUGCUGGGCCCUGAGAGAUGCGCGCGAGCAUUUGCAUACCGAGAAUUUGUCGAGGGAGGUGCACCUUUGACUUUCGGGACUGAUGCGCCCACAGCUGCUCAUCACGCAUUGCCCAAUUUCUACAUUGCUACGACCCGAAGAUCUGCACUAGAGCCGUCGUCCUGUAAGACUGUCAAUCCGGAACAAGCUGUCCCUUUCGUUACCGCUGUUUCGGCAGUCACUGCGGGUGCAGCCUACGCCUCAUUCGCGGAUGGAUGGACAGGAAGCUUGCUUCCAGGGUUUCAGGCUGACUUUGUUGUUCUCGAUAUGCAAUGGGACCCAGAAUUGGUAUUGGAUGCUCAAAUUCGAGAGACCUGGUACAAAGGGGAAAGGACAUUUGACGUAGAAUCCAACAGUCCAUGA